AUGGCCUCCGUUUCUCGCCUUGGCAACUCUGCCCUCCGGGCCUCGCUCAAGUCCCAAGCCUUCAAUGGCAGGACCGUAGCCUUCAAUGGCGCCCGCUACUACUCGGCGAAGACCCAGCAGACUCUCAAGGAGCGCUUCGCCGAGCUCCUACCCGAGAAGAUUGAGCAGAUCAAGACCCUGCGAAAGGAGCACGGUUCCAAGGUCGUUGACAAGGUCACCCUUGACCAGGUCUAUGGUGGUGCCCGUGGCAUCAAGGCCCUCGUCUGGGAGGGUUCCGUCCUUGACUCUGAGGAGGGUAUCCGAUUCCGUGGCAAGACUAUUCCUGAGUGCCAGGAGCUUCUCCCCAAGGCUCCCGGUCUCUUCUGGCUUCUCCUUACUGGCGAGGUCCCUACCGAGCAGCAGGUUCGCGAUCUCUCUGCUGAGUGGGCUGCCCGUUCCGACAUCCCCAAGUUCGUCGAGGAGCUGAUCGACCACUGCCCUACCGACCUUCAUCCCAUGGCUCAGUUCUCUCUGGCCGUCACCGCUCUCGAGCACACCUCUUCUUUCGCCAAGGCCUACGCCAAGGGUGUCAACAAGAAGGAGUACUGGGGCUACACUUUUGAAGAUUCUAUGGACCUCAUUGCCAAGCUGCCCAAUAUUGCUUCUCGCAUCUACCAGAACGUCUUCAAGGGUGGCAAGGUUGCUCCCAUCCAGAAGGACAAGGAUUACUCCUUCAACUUCGCCAACCAGCUGGGCUUCGGUAAUAAUGCCGACUUCGUAGAGCUGCUCCGUCUCUACCUGACCAUCCACACUGACCACGAGGGUGGCAACGUCUCUGCCCAUACCACUCACCUGGUCGGCUCGGCCCUCAGCUCACCUUUUCUCUCUCUUGCCGCCGGUCUCAACGGUCUUGCCGGUCCCCUGCACGGCCUGGCUAACCAGGAGGUGCUUCUCUGGCUCACCGAGAUGAAGAAGGUUGUUGGUGAUGAUCUUUCUGACAAGAAGAUCACUGACUACCUGUGGUCUACCCUCAAUGCUGGUCGCGUUGUUCCUGGCUAUGGUCACGCUGUUCUGCGCAAGACUGACCCCCGAUACAUGGCUCAGCGCGAGUUUGGUCUCGCCAAGAUGCCUGAGGACCCCAUGUUCAAGCUUGUCAGCCAGGUCUACAAGAUUGCUCCUGGUGUCCUGACCGAGCACGGCAAGACCAAGAACCCUUACCCCAAUGUCGACGCCCACUCCGGUGUUCUUCUGCAGCACUACGGCUUGACUGAAGCUAGCUACUACACCGUGCUGUUUGGUGUUUCCCGCGCCAUCGGUGUCCUGCCCCAGCUGAUUAUCGACCGCGCUGUUGGUGCUCCCAUUGAGCGCCCCAAGUCCUUCUCCACCGACAAGUGGGCUGAGAUUGUCAAGAAGCUGUAA